ACUGUUCGUUCAUUUCUAUGACAACGAACGUGGCAAAUUGGGCUCCCGAACAAAUAAACGAAGGCUCCAACCUCAGUUACAUCUCAAUAUUCUGGGAAGCUGUCAGAGAGACAAUUUGAAUCAACAUGCAAAGAGUCCAUAGCAGGAGAUCUGAAGGAAGCGAGGCAGAAGUUGAUGGAUUAGCUGAACAAGAGCUUGCUAAACUUCAGCGUCAAUAUCGAAUUAUUGAAGGAGACAGAAGGGCUUAUAGUGAAGAGACACAGAAUCAAAUAAGAAAACAGACAGAAGCCAUUCAAUCCCUUGAAAAAGAAAAUGCAGAGCUGGUGAAAGAUAAUACACUGGCAGGAAGUUUGCAGAACCAGAGCCAGGAUAGAACAAAUACGGACAAAUUAAACGGCCUUUUAAACAAAGAAGAUGAUCUCAAGUUGCAGCUUGACGAGUUGAAUGAUGACAUCAAGGGACUUGAUGAUCAGAUACGAUUGAUGGAAAAGAAGACUAAACAGCAAAGAAAAAAUAUGGGAGGCGUACAUAGCAGCCACUUACAAAAUAAGAGGACCCAAAAGUACAUCAGAGUUCUUGAAAACAGAUUAGACAAGGCCAAAGUAGACUUCAACAGCUGCCUGUCAGAGAACGGUAAGCUCCGUGAAACAUUUGAUCACAUGCGAGUGGAAAAGAAGACUUUUGACACCAUUCGCCUGAAGCUAGAGAAGGAAUUGGUGGAGAAUAAGCAAAAAAUUAUGGAUGGUAUCGAAACAUCUACUGCAGCUUAUGAGGCUCGAGAUGAAGCUCAAGGGAAGAUGAUGGCGCUGAAAGAGAAAGCUGAUAAAGAUCUGGCACAAUACAACACGGAACUUAAGGAGCUUAUGCGCAUCAUUGAGCAUGAUCGCAAGCUGAAAGAUUUCAUGAGGAUUAAAAGCGAAGAGAGAGCUGAAAUGAUGGAAGGCGAACUGUCAUCUCAGAGGAAGAAAAAAGAUGAAAAGGAAAAAGGCGACAAAGCUGAGGAAACUAUUGAGUCAUACGAGUCAGCUUUCCACACAAUCAAAGAAGCCACUGGUAUUGAGGACAUUGAUCAGUUGGUCAAUAAAUUCAUAGAAGUCGAAGACAAGAAUUUUGCCCUCUUCAACUAUGUCAACGAACUCAAUAAUGAAAUUGAGCAGCUGCAAGAACAAAUAAACGAGGUAAAAGCAGAAAUUGAGAAGUUCAAAAGUGAGGAAGUGGAGAUGGCAAGCCAAAGGAAGGCCCUUCUGAAAGGUUUAGAAGACAACUUGUCAUCUUCCACUGAACAAGCUGAUCAGUAUGACACGCAGUUUAAGCAGAGCAAGAAAAUCAUUGAACAACUCAAAUCAGGGGUGGACUCUUUAUUUAAUAAGAUCAACUGUGACCGAAGCGCCAUAACAGAUAUGCUAGGAGGAACAUCAGGGGUUACAGAUGUCAACAUGAUGCAGUUCCUUGGGUUAAUCGAGCAAAGAACAAAUGAGCUUCUUCAAGUCCACGGCUUUGUCUCUUCAAAGGAAACUGAUGGUGAUAGUGAACCGGCCGUGGCAGUGGGUCUUUUGGGUCAAGGACCUCAGCCAGGAAUGACUUCAGUGGCGAUUGUUCCGCCCACAACUGGUGAUGAUUACGACUCAGAUGCUUCUUCAGGUUCCGAGGAUGACCAGCGACCUCUGACCCAACAAGAACUGAAGAACAAAAUCUUGAAAGGGAAAAUGCCUGUUAGCUCCUUUCCUGCUGUCGUUCAUGAUACCUAG